UCCUGCUGCACGCCAAAUGAAGCGUUCGCGAGCCCCUCCGUCGAUUUCGUCGAUUGACCAGGAGAAUACAAAGAAGAAAGCAAAGACACACGACAUCUUCGGGCUAAGUCACGGGCGCACGGUCGGCAAUGAAGGAAGCGACAAGAGGAUCGUAUCGUACUUCGUGAACAAGGUGGCGAACGGGUCAGAGCGGCGUACAACUAGCUUGGAUGGCGAAUACGUGGUGGACUUGAAGAUAUACCAUGCCAACGACGUGAACAACACUGAUUCAAGAGAAGUCUGGCGCAAGGCUCUUCUACGAAUCAAGCUGCAGACUCCGGAUGACAGCGAUGAGUGGAAGUUGUUACAGAAGCUAGUUACACGAAUUGACAAAAACUUUGAAGAUGAACCACGAUUUUACUCUGACAAACAUGUAGAUUGAACACGAUUGAACAAA